AUGGCGUUUCUGAAGUUCUCGACUCUUGCUCUCCUGGCUCUCCGUGUCGCCUCGGUCUUCGCGCAAGUUGACCCAGAUGACUUGACCACCUCCGCCCAAGCUCCCGAGCUCAAGGUUGACGUUACUACGACAUUCCCCGACUCGGACAUCUUCGGCGUGAAGCUUGUCAAUGGCCGCGCUACCAAGGCCGUUGUCGAGGUGAAGAACCUCGAUGACGAGCCUGUCACCGUUGCCUUCAUUGGAGGGAUGCUGUCGACCACUCAGCCCUUGCCCGAAGAUGCCCCGACCAUGGCUGGCGUCCUCCGCAAUCUGUCCGCUGUGAGCUACGAUAUCAGCAUCCCUGCUGGAGAGUCUCAGAACCUUCCCUUCCAGUUCCUUCUCGACAUGCAGCCUCAGGAUGUCAAGCUUGAUCUUCUCGCUGUUAUCAGCAAUGGCAAGGGCCAGGUCUUCCAGAUCCAAGCCCACAGCGGCACCGCCAGCAUCGUUGAGCCUCCUACCAGCAUCUUCGACCCCCAAAUCAUCUUCCUCUACCUCUUCCUGACUGGUCUCUUCGGAGCUACCUUGUACUUCGUUUAUAAGACGUGGAUCGAGGCUCUCUUCCCUCAGGCCAAGCGCACCAAGAGCACCAAGACUAAGAAGGUCGUGGAGGUCUCCGAGCCCCUCUCAGGCUCCGAGUCCACUGGCGUCACAACCGGCGCCUCCAAGGACUACGACGAGGCCUGGAUCCCUGACCACCACAUCAACCGCCCUGUCGCCAAGCGCGUCAAGAGCAGCGCCAGCGCCAAGUCCAAGACCAGGGUCGUCGAGUAG